UUUUUUUUUUCAACCUUUCACUCUGGCACAAUGCUUUCGCGAGACAAGGCUUACUAAUGCGGCAACCUCUCUCAUCUGAUGAAGAAAUGCUUUGAUAGAGCGAAAACUACGGAAAUUUGUCCAGUACCAUGUCUUGGUUGUUGGCUGUGUGGUUUUGCCUGGGCUGGGUGCUCCUAUGCCAGGCCACCCUCUACCAGACCAUCCAGCAGCACCACGUGGCCCGCCCCGGCCACACCGAGAUCCUCACCCUGGAGGGAGGCACGUGCGAGGUGAUCGCCGCUCACCGCUGCUGUAACAAGAACCGCAUCGAGGAGCGUUCACAGACGGUCAAAUGCUCCUGUUUACCUGGGAAAGUGGCCGGGACAACACGCAACAAACCCUCCUGUGUGGAUGCGUCCAUUGUAAUUGGAAAAUGGUGGUGUGAGAUGGAGCCGUGUCUGGAGGGAGAGGAGUGCAAGACUCUGCCUGACAACUCGGGAUGGAUGUGCUCCUCUGGGAACAAAAUCAAAACCACGAGGAACACCCAGCCAUACUCCCCUUUUUAGCCUCUGGAAGCAAAAUGCAGAGGAUGCGUCAACAGAAAUUGAGCUGCAUUCUUGCUUCUGUAAAGAGAGGGAGUCCUUCAUUGGCUGUUCUGUAGCAGCAGACAAGUCAGGCCCUUAUGUUUGUGGAGGUCCCAGUGAGAGCGAGGCUGGGGAGCACCUUCCAAAAGCC